CAGAGCCGAGCCGGCGGCUCCACGGAACCGCCGCCCCAGUCUCCGCCGCCGGGCUUUCCGCAUCCCCUCCCCGUCCCGCCCCCCAGCCCCAGGCGCCCGGACCCCCUCCCCCUCCUCCCCCGUUCCUCCCUCCGGCCCGCCCCCUCCGCGCUCUCCGCAACUGCAGCCAGAGCCCGGCCCGCCAGCCGGGCGGGCAGGAGGGCGGCGGCGGCGGCGGCACAGCCAUGAGCUUUGAGGGCGGCCAAGGCGGCAGUCGGUGUCGCGGGGCGGAGAGUGGGGACGCAGAGCCGCCCCCGCAGCCUCCAUCGCCGCCGCCGCCGCUAGGAGAGCCGGCCCAGGUCCCCGCGGCCCCGCGCUACCUGCCCCCGCUGCCCGCGGCCCCCGCGGCCCCCGAGACCCCCGAGCGCGCCGCCGGGCCGAGAGAGUCGCCGGGAGAAGUGGCCCCGCGGCGCAGGGGCGCGGACGAGCUUCCACCGCCGCCGCUGCCUCUGCAGCUCGCCGGCCAGGAAGUGGCGGCUGCUGGCGACUUCGGGGAAGGUCCGAGGCGCCUCCCGGAGGCAGCAGCAGUGAAAGGCGGCCCCGGGGAGUCUGAGGCCGACGUGGGAGCCGAGGGCGAGCGGCGGGGUGCCGGCGACCAGCCCGAGACGCGCUCGGUGUGCAGCAGCCGCAGCAGCAGCAGUGGCGGCUGCGACCAACGUGCUGGGCACCAGCACCACCAGCCCAUCUGCAAGAUCUGCUUCCAGGGCGCGGAGCAGGGUGAACUGUUAAACCCCUGCCGAUGUGAUGGGUCAGUUCGGUAUACACAUCAGCUGUGCCUGCUAAAGUGGAUCAGUGAGAGAGGUUCCUGGACCUGUGAACUCUGCUGUUAUAGAUACCAUGUUAUAGCCAUUAAAAUGAAACAACCUUGCCAGUGGCAGAGCAUUUCUAUAACACUGGUUGAGAAAGUUCAGAUGAUUGCUGUAAUCCUAGGAUCCCUGUUCUUAAUAGCCAGUGUGACUUGGCUCCUCUGGUCAGCCUUCAGCCCCUAUGCAGUGUGGCAGAGGAAGGACAUCCUUUUUCAGAUCUGCUAUGGAAUGUAUGGUUUUAUGGAUCUAGUGUGCAUAGGUCUCAUUGUUCAUGAAGGAGCUGCAGUUUACAGAGUGUUCAAGCGCUGGCGAGCUGUGAAUUUGCACUGGGAUGUGUUGAAUUAUGACAAAGCCACAGACAUCGAAGAAAGCAGCCGGGGAGAGUCUUCCACAAGUAGGACUUUGUGGUUGCCAUUGACGGCUCUGCGGAACAGAAACUUGGUUCACCCGACUCAGUUAACCUCGCCAAGGUUUCAGUGUGGCUACGUGUUAUUGCACCUAUUCAACCGGAUGAGGCCCCAUGAAGACUUAUCAGAAGAUAACAGCUCGGGGGAGGUUGUGAUGAGAGUGACUUCAGUGUGACAAAAGCAUAAGAGGAUGCAGUGUGGACCGCCUUGCACAUUUUGGAAUGUAAUUGCAAUGAAUGGCGAGACCAUAGCACUUCUGAAAACACACAUCUAUGAACUUUUUAAAAUUUAUGCUUUUUAUAUGAACAUUUGAAUUGCAAAUACAUUUUUCUGAGAAAAAGAGUCCUCUUGCUCUUCAUUGUCUGAUUUGUCACAUCUUUUAUAAGUUGGUACUUGAAAUCAUUAUACAUAUAAUUUAACUAUACUUGGUUAAAAGAAUAAUGGAAGUUAUCCUUAAGGCCAAAACUAUUUUUUUCUUGCUUGUUUUAAAUAUAUUUUUAUGAAAGCUUU